AUGUCGUUUUAUGGGGGGAACCGUUCAACUGGAGGUUUGGCCGCUUCUAAAGUGAUGAAUGCGGAAAAAGACCUUGCCAAUGAUAUUGUCAUUCAGAAUCCAGCAGAGGAUUCGAUUUCGGACAUUGCGUUCUCACCGCAACAGGAUUUUCUUUUCAGCGUGAGCUCGUGGGACAAGAAAGUACGGGUGUGGGACGUGAACGGCGGAGCACCUCAAUGCCGGGCAGAAUAUCAGCAUCAAGGGCCCGUCCUUACAACCAGAUGGUCAGAAGAUGGUACGAAAAUCGCGUCAGGAGGGUGCGAUAAUGCUGUAAGUCUGUUUGACGUUGCCACUGGCCAAUCGCAGCAGGUGGGAGCUCACGAUGGGGCCGUAAAAAGCGUCAGAUUCGUGAGAUGUGGACCGGCCAACACUGAAUGUUUGGUCACCGGUUCUUGGGAUAAAACCGUCAAAUACUGGGAUAUGCGACAACCACAACCGGUAUCAACUCUCACAAUGCCCGAAAGGGUCUACUGCAUGGAUUCCAGUCAAAAACUGCUCGUGGUAGGAACCGCAGAACGUCACAUCGCAAUAGUCGACCUGAACAAUCCGGGUGCGAUCUUCAAAACGGCCAUGUCGCCUUUGAAAUGGCAAACCAGGUCUUUGGCCUGUUACGUGGAGGGCAAUGGAUUUGCCGUGGUUUCGGUUGAAGGCCGGUGCGCGAUACAGUAUGUGGACGAGCAAGAACAGCGGAAAUCCGGAUUUUCUUUCAAAUGUCACCGAGUCCAGCAACCGGCGACAGGACCCGCUGGUGGCCGUUCUACUACAGAAUCUCUGGUGUAUCCUGUUAAUGACAUUGUAUUCCAUCCAGUGUACGGCACUUUUGCCACCGCUGGAAGUGACGGAACGUUUCAUUUUUGGGACAAGAACCAGAGGCAUCGUCUCAAGGGUUUUCCGUCGUUGCAGGCUUCGAUUCCCGUGUGUAAUUUCAACCGUAAUGGUUCUGUUUUUGCGUAUGCGCUCAGUUACGACUGGCACCAGGGCUACAUGGGUAAUAGACCGGAUUACCCCAACGUUAUCCGUUUGCAUCCUACCACUGAUGAGGAAGUUAAGGAAAAGAAGAAAUAA